CGAUCGAUCCAGAAAAAUUUUUUUUCAACAUUCAAAAACUUUGACAAUGAACUUUCACUUCUUUUUCUUCUUCUUUUGCUUCUUUUCUUUCUUUUUUUUGUUUUCCAUUUUAAUCUGUCCGAAGAUGAAACUGUUAGAAAAAUAAUUGUUUCUAUGAAUUGGAUCCAACUGGUUGAUAUGAAAAAAUCAUAGCAUCGAUCCUUAGAAAUCGAACAUCAUUGAUACUGUUCGUAGAUCAUUUGACAUAAAUAAAUACGACUUAUUAAGGAUUAAAAAGAGAAACACAGACUGCGGUCCUUCGCCUAUUCGCAUUUUAUGCGACCAUGCUAGGUAUAUACAUACACACACGUGCACACGCAUACACACACACACACAUACACAUCACUGUUGCCUUUCAUCCAUGGAGUCGAUUGCCGUUUGUUAUUGAAGUUAUUCCAUCGCCUCGGGCCAGAACAAGGCGAGGCUCUAACAAGCACGCGUCUGUCCAUGACGAUGACGGACAACGUCUAUACUUUGAUCGAAAUGGAAUUUCUAUAGAGCCAUCGGAUACGCAUUGGCGCGUCUUCAACGUAAACAAUCUAAUUACUAUUUUACCUGUAAGAGUAUACGAUAAAACGUCAUUGAUUUAAACUCUUCUUCAUUACAAUGAUCAACGAUUUGAAAUUAGCAUAUGUUUAUAAGAAAAGUAUAAUCACGAAGGAUACAAAUUAAAUCGUUCGUAAAAAAAAAAAAGAGGAAAGAGAAACAUCUAAUUCUAAUCAUUAAUCCAGUAAUAAGUAUUAUUCUGUCACUUCAAAAUCAAGUAUAAUUACUCUUUCUUAGUACACAAUCACUUUCAUAUCUCUAAGGGUUGCUAAAGAGAGAGAAAGAGAAAAGAUUAAUGGGGUAGCACAUUGAUCAGUGUAUUAGACACGCUAACAUAAAAGAAGAAUACUCGAUAAUUGGUUGAAAGUCAUGAUUGUUGUUGUCAUUGUAGUCGUCAUCGUCAUCGUAAAAGUCGUACUACUCCACUCCCCAUUCAAUGGUGCGACACCGUCUCUCGGUUUACGUUGGAACCUUUUUAAAAUUAAAGUGGGGAUCCAGGUUUGAAAAAGCUGAACUAAACGCCGGUCCUGUUAGUCGUCCCGUUAAUGUCUUCGAGACUACGCGUCUAAACGAAAACUCUUAUACAGUCUACGGAGUUUUCAUUUUAUUCUCGGAAAACACGAUGACGUGCCGGAGCGCGCUGAUCACCGCGUUUACCAUCGGAAUUCUUCUCCUGGCGACUAGAACGGAUUACUCGGAAGCCUGCAACGAAGCGAUCUGUGCAAGCGUCGUUAGUAAGUGCAUGCUCACUCAAAGUUGUAAAUGCGACCUCGUCACCUGUACCUGCUGCAAAGAGUGUUUCUCAUGUCUCAGCUACCUCUACGACGAGUGUUGCUCUUGCGUUGAUCUUUGCCCAAAGCCGAACAUCACGGACAACCCGUUAAGCAAAAAAUCCCACGUGGAAGAUUUCAGCGAACCGGUACCUGGUCUCUUCCAAGCUCUUACAGCAGAACCGGAUCCGCACGAACGUUGGCUCACCUUUACCUAUCCGGUGGAUUUUGAUAUGUCCUUGUUCGCGCCGAAGCAAGAAAAAGAAAUCAAAUAUCACAUGCAAACCGCGGAGGAAGAGAUGCAUCCUUUGAAGCCAAACGUGAUGACGGUGAACUGUACUGUGGCGUUCAUGGCACAGUGUAACUCUUGGAACAAGUGUCGAGCUUCCUGUCAGAGUAUGGGCGCAACCAGCUAUAGGUGGUUCCACGAUGGCUGCUGCGAGUGUAUUGGUGACACGUGCAUCAAUUACGGGAUCAAUGAAUCCAGGUGUAUUCACUGUCCAAUGGAUAAAGAGGAGGAUGACCUGAAGGAUCAAUACGAUGAUUUUGGUCAGGACGAAGAUGAAUUAACGGAGGAUGAGAUCGAUUAGAUGACGAAGGGAAAAUUGAAAAAAGGUCGUACGAACUAAGCGAAAUAUUCGCGUAAAGUGCAAUUUCAACAAAAUCCAUCAUUGUUUUCCCAAUGUGAGAUGAUCUAAUCAACGAUAGACAAAAUUUACAAGUUGAUCCGUAACGGAGAGGAACUUUGUUGUUGUUGUUGUUGUUGUUUCUUUUUUCUUCAAUUUUUUUUUUUUUCUUUUUCUUUUCUUUUCUUUCUUUUUUUUUUUUUUUAACGGUGCAAUCAUAACAAAAAGGGCUUGUUAUAUAAGGAACACCGAGUAGAGAAUAUUUAUCCUCUAGUGUGAUCCUCUUAGCGUUUAAGAAUUUUAAAAGGACUAUCGGUUUCUUUAGAAGGGAAAAAAAUUUUUAAGGAAUAUUUAAUGAAUAUUUAAGUCAAUGCAUCGUCCAGGACUUAAAGUUCCUUUUGGAAAAACGUAUUCGACAAAAGUCGAAAUGGACCGGUGGAAUAGGCAACACGAAGAAAUGCCUGUUUGAUAAAGAAAUAUUUUAGAGAUUCGACUCGUCUCUGUACAUGACUGCAGCGGCAUAUCAAAAAGAAUCACUUAAUUCGUUUGAAACGACCUCCUUUUCUCGCGAAUAUCUAUUUAAUUUACCGACUUAUCGAAUCGUAUGUUUUAUCAAUUAUACUGUGCCAUACGAAUAAAAUUGUAAAUACGUCAAAUAUACUAUUCGGCUAAUUUAUCUAUCUA